AUGGAACCUGCGGCGGGCCCUGAGAUCUGGCAGCAGGAAGAGGAGCUUGGCCUGGAGCGCUCCGUGCCUGUGGCUGGGAGCCAGAGCCCCGAGUGCCUAGCUGGCCCCAGGCCCCCCGAGCAGCUGCCUGCAGAGCCCGCCAGGCGGCAGGCCCAGGCCUGCAGGAGGCUCUGUGUUGCUCUGUGUGACUUCUUAGCUGAACGAUGUGUUUGUUGCAAACCUGCGGUUCCCCAGAAAGCCCUGCCGAGCAGGGAGCAGUCUGCAGGAGCAGAGAAGGCUAAGGCCGAAGGGGACAGGGCACUGCCACCAGCCACCCAGGCUCCUCCACUGAGCUCUGCCCUGGGCUUGGGUGAGUUAGGACAGCCUUCAGAGGAGCGAGGAGGAGCUGAGCUCAUGGCGGGGGCUGCCGGCGACCACGGCCCUGUCAUUGCCCAGGACUCGGAGCAGCAGACGGGCAGCGCUGAAUUGGUGCCCUGCACUGGGCUCAGGCGAGAGCUGGUUCCUCUCCUAAGUGCCCGCUCUGCGGAGCCUCCCGGCAGCCUCAGCUGCCCCCUGGAGCCUGGAGCCAGCACAGCCUGCUCAGGCCCGUUCAUGGGGCCGAGAAAAUCCAAGCUGAGGAGGGGGCUGGAACCCGGUACCCAAGAGCAGGAUGCGGACAGAAGGCCAGCUGACUUCGGCCAGCGCAAGCAAGAGGAAUCUGGCACAGGAAGCUGGUCCACUCGGGACAAAGAAGAAAGGCCCCAAGGGGUGAAGCUUGUAUGUUACCUACUCGGAUCUGGGCCAGUGGUCCAUCUCCUGGGUGCUAUCAGCCACCGCCCGACAGGAGGCCAGGCGAUAACCAAGCUGGAAGCUCUGGAGGAUUUGACGGAGAUCAUCUCAGGCCCAUCCACAAAGAGGCACAGAAGGAAGAAAGAGCCCCUGGUUGAGGGCCCUACGGAGUGCCAGCGUGGCCUGAUGGAGGCUGAGGCAGAGGAAGCCCUACCCAGGAGGACAGAGGUCUCGGCCCAGCUCCAGUCCCUACAGGAGAGGUCAACGCUGGACCCAGCAGUCCAAGGCACCGUGGUCCGUGCCAUCCACGAGGCACUGAGGAGUCGCCUUCCUGAGCUGCCCGACCUGGCACUGAGUGAGGAGGCAGUAGAGGCUAUCGCUACCAGCAUUGAGGCUGCCCUCCUGGACCUGACACAAGGCACCAAUGGCCGCUACAAGAGCAAGUACCGCAGCCUGCUCUUCAACCUGCGUGACCCCAGGAACCCAGACCUGUUUCUCAAAGUAAUUCAAGGUGAAGUCACCCCCCACGACCUGGUGCGGAUGACCUCCAUCCAGCUGGCCCCUCAGGAGCUGUCCCGCUGGCGGGACCAGGAGGAGAAGAAGGUCCUGGAGGUCAUUGAACAGCACCAACAGGAGCUAUGUGGACUUCCGGUCUCCAAGCUGACUCACAAGGGUGAAGUCGAGAUCCCGCGAGAUGACGAUCAGACGCUGACCCUGGAGGAUCUGGUGGGCUUCCUGGAGUCGCCGGACCACAGCAGCCCAUCAGCCCCACCUGCCGCAUCAGGAGACACCACGGAGCAGCACGAACACCACUUCCUAGACCCCAACUGCCGCAUCUGCACGGGUCCGGCCUGGAAUCCCAUGAGUGAGCUGUCAGGCUUCCUCAAAGUCACUAAGAGCGGCAAGAAUGGUGUCUUCCAGAGAAUCGCAGGCCCGGCUACUGUGGCUGCUCCAGAAGCAUCCACGAAACCCCAGGACAGGUCCCAGGUGCCUGCCGGGUCCACAAAGACCCUACCUAACCAGCCCCUCUGGGAGGGUGUGCUUGACAUGUUCUCCAUCAAGCGGUUCCGUGUCACUGCUCAGCUGGUCUUGGGACAUAACUGUCAGCUUGCUCAGGUUCUGCCCGAGGUGAUCCGCUCAGCCGGCUGUAUCCCCCCUAACACCAUCUGGGACCUUCUGGCCAGCAUCGAGCCAGCUAAGGCCAAGGACAUGUGUGUGCUCAGACUGUGUCCCCACGGGGCUCGGGACACUCAGAACUGCCGCCUGCUCUACUCCUAUCUCAACAACAAGCAGCGCCAUGGCCUGGCAGCCGUGCAGCAGGUGGGCAUGGUCCUGCUGCCGCUGCCAGCUUUCCAGCCCCUGCCUAGCAGGCUGCGCCCCCUGGGAGGCCCAGGUCUGGAAGUCACUCACUCGAGCCUCUUGCUGGCUGUGCUGCUCCCCAAGGAAAGGCUUCCGGACCCUGCUGUGUCCAGCCCCCUGUGGGGCAGGGUCCGCAAGGUGGUUUCGUUCAGCAGGAAAGUGGAGAUGAAGUGCUACCAGCCGGAGGACAGGAGACCGACUAUGGCCCCCAGGGGCUGCCCACAGCCAGCCCAUGGCCAGGGCAGCCUGGUCCCAAGGGGAGGUUUGGCUUGGCAGAGGGCCCCCAGAGGCAGGGGGAGACUGUUAGCAGAGCCCCAAACCUGGCAGGGUUCCGGGCAAAGACAACAGCCCCCAGAACCAGGCUGGUGUCAGUUCCGGCACUCCUACUCAGUGGCACCAGCAGGCCGUGGUUUUGGCCGUGGCCAGAGUCUCCAUCAGGCUUUUUGUCCCCACCAAGCCCUGCUGCAGCACCUGGAGUCCCUAGUGUCCAUGAGUCACCAGCUACAAGCCUCACUGUGGCCCCCAGCCCAGGAAGCCUUUCUCCUCUCCCCUGCAGCAUCUGUGCAGCCCCCUUCUGCCCCUGGCACUCCUAGCUCUCCGGUCCUGCCCCCAACAGCUGCAGGACUUCCGGGAGGCGGCGCGCGUCGCCCCCGCCCCCCGCCCCUUCUCCCGCGGCUCCCCGCGCCCGGCCUGGCGCGCGCCCCCUCCCGGGCCCGGCCCGCGCAGGCGCCGCGUCCCGCCUCGGCCGUCACUCGGCCCGGCGCGCGCUGCGGGCAGCGGCCGGAGCGGCCGGAGGAGCCCGGGGCGGCCGCGGUGGAGGCGGCGGCGGCGCUCGGACAGCGAGGAGGAUGCGGCACCGGCGCUUACAGCCAGGGGCUGCGGCCACCGCCCGCGAAUAGGAGGCGGCGCGCGGCGCGGGCGGCGCUCGGGGAGGGGGAGCGGGAGGCGGCGCGGCGAGGAGGAGGCGGCGGCGGCGGUGGUGGCAGCGGCGGCGGCAGGAGCCCGCGCCCGGCCCGGCCCGGCGCCCGCCCGGCCCCGCGCUGCUCCGCGCUCCGCGGCGUCUUCUCUGCACCCUUCGCUCGGCGGGGCGGGAGCCCCCGGCCCUGCGCGCGGCUGCAGCGAGCUGCCCAGCGCCCGGCCCGGCCCCCGCCUUAG